AUGCAUGGGGAUUUGGGGAAUAAGCUCGUCCAACAUGCAAAAAGAACUCAGAAUUUGACGCAUCUUCCGCCAUAUCAAACUGAGUUAGUCCGAGCUGUAGCAAGGGAGGUUCGCGAUCUGGAUAAAGAUGUUGCAGAUGCCUUGGAACCCUUCCAGGGGUCUUUCAACCCAAGUGAGGAUUCAGCUACAGCAUGUACACUUCUUGUAAACCACUUAUCGAUGCGGAGGAACAAGCGUUGUCUGCUGGCCUAUCACCGAACACGGACCGACAGACUAGAAGAGCUUGUCUGGAAGGGCUACGACGUAGUCGAUCUUGCGGGACAGCAGGUUGGGGACGGCCCGGGUGGACAAGCCAAUGUGCGAGGUAUGGGAGCCGGCGACGGUGGCACGAGCAGCUUAAGCCCACAAGAGGAAGACUACGUGCGGCAGUACAGCGAUCUAUUGGCUGCCUACAAGGGACAAUGGACGGAUAUUGACCUCACGGGAAGUCUCGAGCCCCCUCGUGAUUUAUUCAUUGACGUACGGGUGCUAAAGGACGCCGGUGAGAUCCAGACUGAAUACGGCGCCAUUACACUCACCAAGAACAGCCAGUUUUAUGUUAGGCAGGGUGACGUUGAACGGCUAGUCGCCCAAGGCUAUCUUCAAAAACUUAGUUGA